GGAAACGGAUCACUAAUAGAUCAGAUGAUGGAAAUGAUGAAUGAUUAUACAAUGAAUUUGGAGGUGAUGGUGAAAGACCGAACUGCCAUGCUUGAAGAAGCACAACAGCAAGCUGAUCGUUUGCUUUACAACAUGCUACCCAGAUCAGUGGCGAACGAUCUGAAGGUAGGUAAACAUGUACAGCCACAGUUGUAUCCGUGUGCAACAGUACUUUUUUCGGAUAUUCAAGGUUUCACGCGACUUUCAUCAUUUUCCACGCCACUUCAAAUCGUUCAAUUUCUCAAUGAUCUCUUUACCGGUUUUGAUGAUAUUAUCUCAAAGCACGAUGCAUACAAAGUUGAAACAAUUGGUGACGCUUACAUGAUCGUUUCUGGAGUGCCGAAAAAAAACGGCAAUGCCCACGUGGAAAAUAUUGGUGAUAUAGCACUAAAAAUGCGAUCCUUUGUUGUUAAAUUCAAACUGGCUCAUCGACCCGAAGAAAAAUUAAUAGUUCGAAUCGGUUUCCAUUCUGGACCUGUAGCCGCAGGCGUCGUUGGUUUGGCUGCCCCGCGAUACUGCUUGUUUGGUGAUACUGUGAAUACCGCGUCGAGAAUGGAAAGUACCGGGGAACCUAAUAAAAUACAGGCUCUUUUAACUCUGAAUCUUAGUCCUUAUCGAAUAAAACUCACAUUAAUUGGAUAUUACGAGUUUAAAAAUUUGUUCUUGAAAAUCAGUGAGCAAUCCUACAAUCUUCUUCAUUGUUUCUUCCCACAAUUUGAAAUUGUUGAACGCGGGAAAAUAAACGUGAAGGUCUUCUACAACUUAUUUCCUAUUUCAUACCUUUCAACGAAAUAA